AUGGAACCCGCGCAAAACUCACAGGCAUCGGACAUGACCGGGGAACACAACUCGGGGCCGUGCACGCUCGACCGGGCAGAAAUCUCCAGCCCGUGUCCCGCCGUGGCCAAGCAGCGGUCGUUACGCGUGGUUUACGUCCUGAACGAUGGGAUGAAGUCUGCCAUGGCCAUCAGCCCCGAGUCCGGAGCGCUGCAGUGUCUCCAGAGAGCGUGCGACGCGGAGAGUGCCCUGCUGACCACUGUCGCAUUCGGGAGACUGGACUUUGGAGAGACGUCAGUGCUGGACAGCUUCUAUGAUGCAGACAUCGCUGUUGUGGACAUGAGUGACGUGUUUCGGCAGCCCUCUCUGUUCUACCACCUGGGAGUGAGGGAGAGCUUCGACAUGGCCAACAACGUCAUCUUAUACCAUGACACUGAUCCAGACACUGCGCAGUCACUCAAGGACAUGGUGGCUCAGAAAAACACAGCCUGUCGCUCUGUAGCACUAGGUUUCCCCUGGGUUCAGUUGCCUCCAGAAUACAGGGGCUCUGGAUUGAGAAACAAAGCCUCCAGUGGUAACUACUACUUCAUCCCGUACAUAGUGACGCCAAACCAUGAGUACAUGUGCUGUGAGAGCGAUGCACAGCGCAGGGCCAGUGAAUACAUGCAGCCCAACUGGGACAACCUGCUGGGGCCCCUGUGUGACCCCCUCAUUGAUCGCUUCUCAAGCCUUCUCAAGGACAUCCACGUCACGUCAUGUGCUUCCUUCAAAGACACACUGCUGAACGACAUCCGAAAGGCACGAGAAAAGUACCAGGGGGAGGAGCUGGCCAAAGAGCUGUCAAGAAUCAAACUGAGGAUCGACAACACUGAAGUGCUCACACAGGACAUUGUUAUGAACCUGCUCUUCUCUUACAGGGACAUACAGGACUAUGACGCCAUGGUGAAGCUGGUGCAGACUUUGGAGAUGUUGCCGACUUGUGAUUUAGCGACACAACCAAUGAUUCAGUUCCACUAUGCAUUUGCACUAAACCGGCGGAACAGCCCAGGGGACCGGGAGCAGGCCCUCAGAGUGAUGCUUCAGGUGCUGCAGUCCUGCGAACACCCGGCUCCGGACAUGUUCUGUCUCUGUGGACGCAUCUACAAAGAUAUAUUCCUUGACUCUGACUGUAAAGACACCAAGAACAGAGACAACGCCAUACAGUGGUAUAGAAAAGGGUUUGAGCUGCAGCCCACUCUCUACUCUGGGAUCAACCUCACAGUGCUCCUCAUUGUGGCUGGACAUCAGUUUGAAAACUCCAUGGAGCUGAGGAAAAUUGGAGUCCGGUUGAACAGUCUCCUCGGUCGGAAAGGUUCUUUAGAGAAGAUGAAUAAUUAUUGGGACGUGGGUCAGUUCUUCACCGUCAGUAUGUUGGCUCAUGAUAUCCCCAAAGCCACGCAAGCAGCGGAGAAACUCUUCAAGCUCAAGCCUCCAAUCUGGUAUUUGAAAUCAGUGGUCCAGAACUUGCAGCUGAUUCAGCGCUUCAAAAAGCAGUCUAUUGAACACUCCCCUCUGAAAGAGAGACUCAACUUCUGGAUGGACAUAAUAGUAGAAGCCACACAGGGCACCACCAACCGCCUCCGAUUUCCAGUGUUAAUUUUGGAGCCGACAAAGGUUUACCAGCCGUCUUACGUGUCCAUCAACAACGAGGCUGAGGAGAAGAACGUGUCCAUUUGGCACGUGUCUCCGGCAGAGACGAAGGGGAUACAUGAGUGGAACUUUACUGCGCUGUCCAUCAAAGGAAUCAGUAUCAGUAAGUUUGACGAGCGCUGCUGCUUCCUGUACGUCCACGAUAACUCGGACGACUUCCAGAUCUACUACUCGACAGAGGAGCAGUGCGGUCGAUUCUGCUCCAUGGUGAAAGAGAUGAUUUCCGACGGCACUGGGAACGCCGUGGAGCUGGAGGGAGAGCUGGACGGAGACACGCUGGAAUAUGAGUAUGACACUAAUGAGAACGGGGACCGCGUGGUUUUGGGCAGAGGCACUUAUGGAGUCGUGUUUGCUGGGAGAGACCUCAGCAACCAGGUCCGGAUCGCAAUCAAGGAGAUCCCAGAGAGGGACAGCAGGUAUUCACAGCCACUGCAUGAGGAGAUCGCCCUUCACAAGUAUCUGAAGCACAGGAACAUUGUUCAGUAUUUAGGCUCCGUUUCUGAAGACGGAUACAUCAAGAUCUUCAUGGAGCAAGUUCCUGGAGGAAGUCUGUCUGCUUUACUAACAUCCAAAUGGGGUCCGCUCAAAGAGGCCACCAUCAUCUUCUACACACGACAGAUCCUGGAGGGGCUUCGCUACCUGCACGAAAACCAGAUUGUACACAGAGAUAUUAAGGGAGACAAUGUGCUGGUGAACACAUACAGUGGUGUUUUGAAGAUCUCCGACUUUGGGACGUCCAAACGUCUGGCUGGAGUCAACCCUUGCACAGAAACAUUCACUGGCACACUGCAGUACAUGGCCCCUGAGAUCAUUGACAAAGGCCCUCGAGGUUACGGGGCCCCGGCUGACAUCUGGUCCCUGGGCUGCACUGUCAUAGAGAUGGCCACUGGGAAACCUCCUUUUCAUGAACUGGGAGAGCCUCAAGCCGCUAUGUUUAAGGUUGGCAUGUUUAAAAUCCACCCUGAGAUCCCAGAGUCUCUGUCGCUGGAGGCCAAGUCUUUCAUCCUGCGCAGCUUCGAGCCCGACCCCAACAAGAGAGCGCUGGCCGUGGACCUCCUCAGAGACACUUUUGUCCGAAUGAACACCAAAGGAAAGAAGAGCAAGAUUGCUUUCAAACCCUCAGAUUACAUCCACAGUGUGUCUUUGCCAGUGCAGCUGCAGUGCGAGGCCUCCGGGGGCAGCAGCUCUGAGCACGGCUCCGUCAGUCCAGAGUGUGACUCCAAACACGAUGUCUUUUUUCAGAAGAAGAAAGACUCCGGAUCAGAAAGCCUCCUCAAGCCCACCAGCUCCAACUACCUCAGUGUUCCUGACGAGGGUUCAUCAUCUGAAGACCGGAACAUCCCCCCUUCUCCUGACGACCGAGACGGAGGUCUCUUUCUGCUGAAGAAAGACAGUGAGAGAAGAGCCAUUCUCUACAAGGUCCUGAAUGACGACCAGGACAAAGUCAUCUCCAACCUCAAGGAGAACCACAUCCAGGGCAGUGAGGAGCUGCAGCUGUCAGUGGACCACAUCAAACAGAUCAUCUGCAUCCUCAGAGACUUCAUCCACUCCCCUGAGAGGAGAGUCAUGGCCGCCACCAUCUCCAAACUCAAACUGGACCUGGACUUUGACUCCACCUCCAUCAACCAGAUCCAGCUUGUGCUCUUUGGCUUCCAGGACUCGGUCAAUAAAGUGCUGAGAAAUCACCACAUUAAGCCUCACUGGAUGUUUGCUAUGGACAACAUCAUCCGCAGAGCUGUGCAGGCGGCCAUCACCAUCCUCAUACCAGAGCUGCAGACUCAUUUCGGCCCUGCCUCGGAGUGUGAAGGAGCAGAGAAGGACGACGAGGUGGAUGAGGAGGAGUACGCGCAAGUUCUGGUCACGUCUCAUGAAGACUCUGUGACCACCACGGACCCCUCCUCCUCCGCUGUCAGCACACUGCACUCGGGACAGUCCCAGGACCAGCAGCGCACACACCACCAGCUCAACGCCCAGCUGGGACGCCUCAAACAGGAGACCAACAGGCUGCUGGAGGAGCUGCUACAGCGGGAGCGGGAGUAUCAACAGCUGCUGAAGGUCACUCUGCAGCAGAGGGCUCACGACCUGGAGCUGGUGCGAGUGAGACACAGACCUCCAGAUAUCACACCGCCAUCUAUCUUCCACAUUCCGGCAGACUUUGAACCGGACAAGGAGCUCACUGAUUGGCUGAAAGCGCAGGGGGCCGAUCCAGACUCUGUAGACAAGUUCGUACUUGAGGAAUACACACUGUCUGACGUCCUCGAUGACAUCACCAGGGAUGACCUCCGCUGCCUUCAUUUACGGGGAGGAGUUCUGUGUCGCAUUUGGAGGGCGAUCCAGCGGCACAGGGAGAGACAGAGGUUGAGGAGUCCCGAGCGCUCCAAGAAAGAUGCAUGA